UCACCAGCCGCCAUAAAUACCUACCCACCUCCCACCCCGCAAUCCAUUCCGCACCACCGCUCCGACGAACGGAACCAACAAAUCCCCAAGCCAAUCUCGUCUCCGAUCGACUCCAGCUCCCCUUCCUCCGGUCCUCCCCGCCGCCCCAAGAUGCAGAUCUUUGUCAAGACCCUCACUGGCAAGACCAUCACCCUUGAGGUCGAGUCGUCUGAUACCAUCGACAAUGUCAAGGCUAAGAUCCAGGACAAGGAGGGCAUCCCCCCGGACCAGCAGCGCCUCAUCUUUGCUGGCAAGCAGCUGGAGGACGGCAGGACCCUUGCUGACUACAACAUCCAGAAGGAGUCCACCCUCCACCUUGUCCUCCGUCUUCGUGGAGGCAUGCAGAUCUUUGUGAAGACCCUCACUGGCAAGACCAUUACGCUUGAGGUGGAGUCAUCCGACACCAUCGACAAUGUGAAGGCAAAGAUCCAGGACAAGGAGGGCAUCCCGCCGGACCAGCAGCGCCUCAUCUUUGCUGGUAAGCAGCUGGAGGACGGCAGGACCCUUGCUGACUACAACAUCCAGAAGGAGUCCACCCUUCACCUUGUCCUGCGUCUCCGAGGUGGUAUGCAGAUCUUUGUGAAGACCCUUACCGGCAAGACCAUCACUCUGGAGGUUGAGAGCUCAGACACCAUCGACAACGUCAAGGCCAAGAUCCAGGACAAGGAGGGCAUUCCCCCGGACCAGCAGCGUCUCAUCUUUGCCGGCAAGCAGCUGGAGGAUGGUCGCACCCUCGCUGACUACAACAUCCAGAAGGAAUCCACUCUCCACCUGGUGCUCCGCCUCCGCGGUGGUCAGUAAAUGCCCUGAGUACUCUGGUGGGUGCCCCUGUCGCUCGUGUGAAGUGUUAAGUCUCGUUUGUGUCAAGUCCUACCGUGUCUGGUUUCAUGGACCAUCGAGUCCCUGUGAGAUGUGUUGGUUUCGUUUAAACAGUUGUGA